UGUGGUAGUCUGUUUUCCACCGAGUUUGAGAUUGAAGCCAUCAUGAGCAUCCCAGUGGUGGAUUUUGGCUCAUGCAGCCUCGACGUGGACGAUAUUUCCCGCGUGGAUCUGCACGAACUGAGCACGGAGUUUAAAAAUGCUUUUACACAAGUGGGAUUUGUUUUCUUGGAGAACACGGGCAUCACGCAAGAAGAGGUGAAGAGUGUCAUGGACGCUUCAUUGAGGUUUUUCAGGCAGCCAGACCAUCUGAAGCAACCAUUCAGAAGGAAUACCUUCCCAAAUUGUAUCGUCCACGGCUGGCUACCUCUGGGAUCGGAAAGGGUGGAUAUAGAAAAACCAGAAGAUAUAAAAGAGGCGUUCAACAUGACUUCAAUCAACCCCAGCAUAAAAUGGUCUUCUCUGGAAGGAUUCCAGGAGAGCCAGACAACCUUUUACUACCGCUGCAAAGAGCUGAGUCUGCGCAUUUUGAGGGUUAUUGCCCACAGUCUGGAUGUGGACCCCGAAGUCUUUCUGAGUGCCCACUGCCACCUUGACACUGAUCAGAACCUGACAACGCUGCGUUCGCUGUACUAUCCACCGGUAAACAGCAGGCUUGCCAAGGAGGGUCAGCUGAGAUGUGGACAGCAUUCCGACUAUGGGAGCAUGACCCUGUUAUUCCAGGAUUCACAAGGGCUGCAGGUGCGCCGACGUUCUGGUGAGUUUAUUAUGGUUCCGUGCAUUCCAGGGGCAGUUCUCGUCAACAUAGCAGACAUGAUGCAACGUUGGACAAGUGACCGUUUUGUAUCUGCGGUCCACAAAGUUGAGCUGCCCAUGGCCGAUGACUCCAGUACACGACAAUCCCUGGCUUUCUUCCUUAUGCCUGACGACGAUGCCAUGAUCAGCUGCGUGGACGGGUCAAACAAGUACCCACCGAUUAGGGCUGGCGACUACUAUGCUGAGCGCCUUGCCCAUAUUUACGUUGACAAAGAUUCAUGAUGUAAUUGAAAGUCAUUUGGAACACAAUGUGAAUUCAAAAUCACUUUCUUCCCUGUAGAAAAUUGGGGGAAUCUAUUAUUUUAUUUUUGUAAAUGAAAACAUAUACCGGUAGAUGUAUUAAAUCUCCAUACUAUAAUUUCUUCUCCGUAAUACAUGAUUUUUUUUCCCUUUUAAAGCAACACUAGGUAAGGUUUUUUUUUUUGUGUGUUUUUUUUUUAACUUGUCCUGUUAAGCUGUUUGACACGGAGAAUGGAAGUCUAAGUGUCCGGUUGGUCUGAACAGUUUUAAUGUUUCACAUUGAGAGUAUGACAUACUCACAUUGUGAUCAUUAAACAUACCUCGUUUAUAAUGACAAAGCAGCGAACAGGAAGGGGUUAUGAUGGAACAGAAGCAAAGAAACACAAAAAAAAGAAAAAAGAAACACAACAACAAGAAAUACAUUGAACACCUACACUAACAAUGAAUAUGUUGGUGCUAUCGUCAGCCAAAUGUAUUUCCGGUUGACACCAUGUGGGGGGCCUGUUGACCAGGGAAAGAAGGGGAGGCGGGUGGGGGAGUCUAUAGGAUAUGUGAUUGGGAGGGGUGGAGUAUACACAAAUCAGCCCUGUGAUCUAGAAAUCAGUAAUCGUGUGAAUCCCUUGUGUGUGUAAGCCUGUCGGCAACCGACCCUACGCCAUCUCAUUGCCAUUCCCGGCACCGGGGCUCCCACCGGAGCGCGCCCUAUCACAUCCAAACUCGCGAUAGCCACGCAGAUGGGCAAAGACGCCGUGUGGGUGCCACCCCAGGACCACGGCUCUCACCCAGCCAGCCGUGCAGCCCAUCCCUCCUCCCGCAGCCCAGCAAAGGAGCCAUCCAACCGGCUUUCAGGGAUGGGAAGAGGGGACGCACCACCAACCCCAUGACUACCCCCACCACCGUCCGCCCACCCGGCCCAUGAGCCACUGCCGCAGUCCCCCAACAGGCACGACACGCCGCGGGACCCCAACAGCCCACCAAGCCCAGGGCAGGGCAGGUCCCAGCCGACACACCGGCGUCCAGCCAGCGACCCUUGACGGAGCGCAGGGUGGAUACCCAGGUAGAGUAGAGAGGGGAAGGCGGAAGCAGGAGAACGCCGAGGAGCCACCGCAGGGCGAAGCGAGAUUGGAGCCCCGACCUCCCCCACUCCCGUGGCCUGCAGCAGGCAGAGGGGAGGCCACUCUCCGGGAGCCAAGCCACAGAGAAAAAGUGUGGGAUCCACCUACCACUCUAUUACUGUGGCUGCCAGGUCCCCUGCUGCCAGCCAUUACCCAGCACCGUGAUGGGAUUGUCACCCUUCCUUUUGACCGAAGUCACUUGACCAAAAUACAAGUUUCUAUUUAAAAAAAAAAAAAAAAAAAAGUGACCGUUUUUCAGCCAUCAGUAUUCAAAAAUCAAAACUGGGACAUCCCUUGUUCAUAGUCAAUUCACCUCUGCUCAUGCUCAUCGACUUCCAUCUCUUUUCCACAUCUGCCAGCACUCUGCUGCUCUACUUCAUCAGAGCAGAACAGAAACAGAUUUAUCACUGUAACUGUUAUACAAUUAAUCAGUGUUUCUCAACUGGUAGGUUGUGAAAGUGGUUUAUGUUGCCUCAGUAGGUUACCUAGCUUACCUCUCUCAUUCCUCCUUUCUGAUUUAUCCUUGCUGUGAGCAAAUAACUAGCAAGUAGCUAGUGUUACCCUUUUUGGCUGAAAUAACUUCAGUUAGACGCUAUUUGCAGCCAUCUACUUUGACAUCGGUGUGAAGAAAGUUUGCCCCACUCCUCAACGCAGAAUACUUUCAACAGAGACUGAAUGUUGAAGUGAGAGAAAACUUCAUGGUGAGAUCAAAGGAGCUGUCUGAGGCCUUCAGAAAGAAGAUUGUACAGUAGAUGCUUAUGAGCCUGGUAAGGGAUUUCAAAAGAUCUCAAAAGAAUAUAAAAUCAGCCAUUCCACUGUUCUUAAAAUGGUCAACAAACAAAUGGAGGACAUUUAAAAAAACUGCCAACAUGCCCAGGUCUGGCCGUCCAACCAACUUCACCCAGAGAGCAGACCGCAAGAUGCUAAAAGAAGACUCCAAAAACCCUAAAAUAUCAUCACGGGACCUACAGCAGGCUCUUGCUUCUGUUGAUGUGACAGUGCAUGCCUUUACAAUCAGAAAGAGACUACACAAAUUUAACAUUCAUGGGAGGUGUGCAAGGAGGAAACCCUUGCUGUCCAAGAAGAACACGAAGGCCAGACUGAAGUUUGCCAGAGUGAAUGUAGCCAAAGACCAGGACUUCUGAAAUAAAGUUCUUUGGACAGAUUAAUCUAAAAUUGAAUUAUUUGGACACCAGAAAAUAGGACAUGUUUGGCAUAAACCCAAUACAGCAUUCCAGAAAUACAACCUCAUACCAACUGUGAAGCAUGGAGGUGCGAGUGUCAUGGUUUGAGGAUGCUUUGCUACAGCAGGACCUGGCCAGCUCAACAUCAUGGAAUCCUUCUGCGCUGAGGAGUGGGGCAAACUUUCUUCAGACCAAUGUAAAAGACUGGGAGAUGGCUACAAAAAGCUUCUCACUGAAGUUAUUUAAGUCAAAAGGGGGAACACCAGCUAUUGGUUGAGCGUCCUAACUUUUUCCUCAGUUAGGAUAUGCAUUUUUGUUUAAAUAUUUGGUUUAAUGAUUAAAACAAUGUUCAUUUUUGUUGUUUACCUGUAAUUAAAUUACUUUCUUUUACGGAGAUAAAGAAAACAAGAUCAGACAUUGAUCUGUAAACAUUUCCUAAUAAAGAACUGAAUAUUU